GCAGAGAGAGGGGAGAGUGAGCGGAACGGACCUGGACUGGCUGCUAAGGCGCAACAGUGGCGGAAAGCCAGGACAUAAGGAACAUACUGGAUAUUAGAGUUUGACCCUUGCUUGUGUGAGAGUGGUAGAACAGACGCAAUCUGUCCGGCACUGUAGGGGCUUUGGGGGCGCAGCAGUGCGGAGCAGCGUGCAGUUUUGCGGGUGUCCUGGACUGGGCAGUUCCGCAAGGACCGGGGAGCACCGAGCGGGAUUGACAGCGGCUUGUUCUUCCAGCGGGACUGAGCUCCAGCCCCUCACUGCUGGGGAACAUGGAGCUGCCCGCCGUCGGAGAGCAUGUGUUCGCGGUAGAAAGCAUCGAGAAGAAGCGGAUCCGCAAGGGCCGAGUGGAAUACCUUGUCAAGUGGAGAGGAUGGUCUUCCAAAUAUAACACCUGGGAGCCAGAAGAGAAUAUUUUGGAUCCAAGGCUACUGGUUGCCUUUCAGAACAGGGAAAGACAAGAGCAGAUCAUGGGAUAUAGGAAACGUGGCCCCAAACCAAAGCAUCAUAUUGUUUCUAUACCGUCCUUUGCUCGCCGCUCCAAUGUUUUGAAUGGACGCAAUGAUUCGCCUGGUGAAAACCGAACCAAGUUGGACCUAGGGCCUAUCCCCAAGAGCCAGCCCCAUCAAUAUCAGCUAAACAGUAAAAAACAUCACCAGUACCAGCCCAGUGGCAAGGACCACAAUGAAAAGCAUCAUUCGAAUACCAAGAAGAAAUACUAUUAUCAGCUCAAUAGCAAAAAACAUCAUCACUACCAACCUGAUCCUAAGAUGUAUGAACAGUAUGCCUUGGGAAAAGAGUCUCAAAUCAGUACUGAUCCCAGUAACAGACACAGAGAGUCCUGGGCACACACAAAGGCUGCAGAUGUAGGGACUCAAAUGAAGAAUGGUACAGAUCCAGUACUAAGUGGGCUGGAAAGAAAUGGCCUCUCCAAUGGAGUCUCUAGUAGCCCUUCAAAGGAACUGCCAAGCAAUGGUAUUGGAGGGAAGAUGAAAAUUGUGAAAAAUAAAAAUAAGAAUGGGAGAAUUGUGAUAGUUAUGAGCAAAUAUAUGGAAAAUGGGAUGCAAUCUGUAAAAAUAAAGUCUUCAGAGGAGGACUGUGAAAUGGGGGAUCCGAGAAGAAGGUUGGAGUCCCCAAACUCCUUCAAUGGGGACAAAACAUGCAAAGCACAGGAAGAAAAAACCGAGCAUUGGAAGAAGCGAGUGGAAUCCAGGGUAAAGAUAAAUGAAAGUAAUGGAAGUGUGGAUAGAGGGUCAGUACAGCUUUCAGGCCUCAGGAGGACUUAUUCUACUGCCAGUGAAUCUAUACAUGAUCAACCAUUGCAGCUCACCUCGAAGAGUAACCAUAUUCCUUUGUCAAACAGGACCAGCUCUCCUAUUUAUGCAGGGGAGCCCUACAAAGAUACAGUUUAUACUAAUCCAAGAAAACGUUGUCUGUCUGAAGCAAAUGGGGACAGGGAGCUUUGUAAGAAGGCUCUUGCAUCUCGGAGUGUAAGUGCUCCCAGCACACUGGAAUGCAAGGCAGGCCUGACCCCUAUUAAUGUACCUGCACAGGAACCAGAUAUUAUUCUCUUGGACUCCGACUUGGAUGAACCCAUAGACCUGCGCUGUGUGAAGUCUCGGUGUGACAGUGACCAAGAGGUGGAAAAACCUGAGGUCCAAGUCACUCAGAAACCUCAGUCAGUUGAUGUGGAUGUUUGUGAGUCUGAAUUUAAACCUUUCUUUGGAAAUAUAGUAAUUACAGAUGUCACAGCCAAUUGCCUUACGGUCACUUUUAAGGAAUAUAUAACGGUGUGAUUCUUAAAACUAUAUGCAGGGAAACCGUGUUUCCUUCUGAACUGCAUAUACUAAACUGACACUUUCCAGCCAGUCGGCAUGAUUUUUAAUCUUCCCUAUGGAUAUAUUAUAUAUAUAUAGAGUUGCUGGAAGGGCCUAGCAGUGGCUGGAUUCUAAUAACUUAUGUGCCAUCCAAGGAUCACUAUGACAAAGCACUUAAAUCCAUGUCUGUUUUGAUUGAAAACUAGGUUAAUUGUGUUUAUUUAUUUUAUAUUUAUACCUGGAAAUGAUCGGCUCUUCGGUGUCCUUGUUCUGUCUGGGAGAAUCGUGUUAGCUGUUCAGUGUUCCGCCUUCUUAUACACGUGAAAGAGAGAGAGGACAGACUUUGUAACCUUAUAUACGUUUUUUUUUUUAUUUUUUAAACAUUUAUUUAUAUUUUGUUUGCAAAAAAAAAUGAGAGCUCUUUCUAGUAUAUGCUGCUAUUAGAAUUGUUAAUGCUUCCUGUAGCUGCUUGGAUGUAAAAAUUAAAUGGAGAAUUGUUAUGUGAGCAGCAGGAGGCUGUAUAAGAGAGGUCUGGAUAUAUCCAUGUCCCGCUACAAAUCCUCCAUGUGUAAAAUAUUGUAUUGUGUAAUUAUAAUACAGGGUUAUAAAAAGGA